AUGAAUUAUACAAACUACAAGGGCGCUAUAGUAGAACAGCAUAGUGUAGAGCUAACCAAGUGGCCUUUGCCAGGGGGCAUCAAAAAUCCUUCUAAGGUUGGUGGAAGAGCCCAGGUUCAGGCUUUAUUGGAUGCUCUCAACUCUGAUUCAUGC